ACUGGCAGAUUUCUGGAUUUGUUUAAGAACUUCCAUGAAGCGCCAGGACGCAGCGAUGGAGGAUUCGGGACGCGUUUUAACAUCGAGGGACUGCUGCAGCGGCCGGUGUGCGAUGCGAACUGAGCCGUGGGUGGUGUAGUAGACCCCCUUUUUCCGAGCACAACACACACACCCUUCGCUUUAUCUAUAUCUUCCAAACGGGACGCGCAGACUUGUUUCACUCCACCCGGGGAACAUGUCCCGGGCAGCGGCUAUCGCGAGCUCCCUGAUCCGCCAGAAGCGCCAGGCGAGGGAGAAGGCGAAUGCGUGCCGUGGCAGCCCGAGCAACAGCAAAGGAACCAGCGAGAAGCCGAGCAAGCUGAAUGUGUUCUCCCGUGUCAAAUUGUUUGGAUCGAGGAAGAAACGGAAGAGAAAGCGACCACCAGAGCCCCAGCUAAAGGGCAUAGUGACCAGGCUCUCCUGCAGCCAGGGCUUCCAGCUGCAGAUGCAGCCUGAUGGCAUCAUCGAUGGAACAAAGGAUGAAGACAGCACCUACGCUGUGUUCAACCUGAUCCCGGUGGGGCUUCGUGUCGUGGCCAUCCAGGGCGUGCAGACCAAACUCUAUCUGGCGAUGAACAACGAAGGCUUUCUCUACACCUCUGAACAUUUUACCCCGGAGUGUAAGUUCAAGGAGUCGGUGUUUGAGAACUACUACGUCACCUACUCCUCCAUGCUGUACCGGCAGCAGGCCUCAGGUCGAGCCUGGUACCUCGGACUCAACAAGGAGGGGGGGAUCAUGAAGGGGAACCACGUCAAGAAGAACAAGGCAGCUGCACACUUUAUACCGAAACCACUCAAAGUGGCCAUGUACAGGGAGCCCUCCCUCCAUGACCUGACAGAACUCUCUCGGUCCGGCAGCGGCACACCAACCAAGAGUCGCAGCGCUUCGGCCAUACUUAAUGGCGGAGGGAAGUCGCCCAGCAACAACGACUUAUCCUAGCCCCCCACUCCUCACACACACCCACAGACACGCACGCACACACACACAAAGAUCUCAGGCCGACAUGCCCACACAUCAGGCUGGUGUGGGGUAGGAGGAGGCGAGGAGAUAAUACGAAGGAGGACAGGAGUGUUAUCUUCCACUUAACGGAGCCCACUGUGACUGACUGUGAUGUAAAUAAAUCAAGGACAAUCAAUCCGUCUGCUGCUCCGGCCUGCAGGGGGACGAGAACCUUCCUUUGAAUACCCUUCCCACUGUAUCAUACCCAGAGAGGACAAGGGAGGGAGAUGGAGCAACGCAGAGAGAGUCAGUCAGUCACAUAAUUAGAUAAACAGACUGUUACAGAGAACCAAAGAGUCCAAGUAUUAACUAGGUGGUAGAAGGGAAAAGUGGUAAGAUAGUUAGAGUGACACAGGAAGUAUUAAUCUAUUCUACCAUAUGCUAUGUUUACACAGAGCUCAUGGGGUUAAGUCAUAUUUUUAAAAAGUGACAAACGUAUUCCAUGUUCACUUGUGAGGACUGAUCCUUUGUUUGCAUGCAGGCGCGCCCGUGCGUGUGAGAGUGGUCGGGCACACACUGUGCUUGUAGUAGGAGUGUGUGGGCAAGCGAGUGUGUAAGCGUGCAUGUG